AUGGUGCGUCAGCUUAGGAGAGGGCAGGGUCGGAACGGCCUGAUCCUGGCAAAUGGGGGUAUUUUGACCUACCAACAUGCCAUAUGCCUUUCCUCUCGCCCACCAUCCAACGGUAUUAUGUAUCCUAAUGUCCAGAACGCGCAUCAAGUCGCCAUUGAGGUCCCCAUUCCACGCGUCACUCAUGUGGCGGAAGGAGAUGCUGUAAUUGAGACGUACACGGUUGAGUUUCACCGAAAUGGACACCCAGCGCGAGGAUACAUUAUUGGUCGACUGAAGACAGACGGUUCUCGAUUCGUCGCUAAUCAUGGAAAUGUGACAACGUUGAGGGAACUGGCGUCGCUCGCAGAGGAACAGAUCGGGAAGGAGGGCUAUGUUGUUCCUGAGUUGAUUAGCGGGGGUAGACGGAGGAACCUCUUCUAUUUUGCACCUAAACAGUCUAUCUAA